UUAUUCGUAACCACUUAUUACACAUGGCAGGGUUGGUUUACAACUUUUCAAGCGAGAAACGGCUGCUGACAUGAUCGAGCCCCAUGGUGAUGUUGUGCAAUGCAAAAUUCACUUUGACAUUUGUGCGUCCACGGUUGCUAGGUUAUUCACCCGGAAGUGGACCAUUUGCGUACUCAUCUCUGCUCCCAGUUGUCUGGCGAUCAAUAAAUCAAGAUAGCAACUAGCAUCCACCCUUGUACAGAAUUUUUGGAAAUUAAGCAUUGCAUGUUAUGCAUAGGUUGAAACUAUUGGUUAUUGUCGCAUGUCGUCGUUUGUGGAAAAGACAUAUUUUCUCAAGCGUUAACAUCACUGGAUGAAAAUACUCCUGCCUGCAGCCCGGGUUGGUGCCAUGGCUGGUAAGGUGAAGUGGGUGACAGACAUUGAGAAAUCUGUGCUUAUCAAUAAUUUCGAGAAGAGGGGAUGGAUCCAGGUUGCUGAAAGUGAAGACUGGAAUUUUUAUUGGAUGAGCAUCCAGACCAUUAGAAAUGUAUUUAGUGUGGAUACCGGCUACCGCCUCUCAGAUGAGCAGAUGGUCAACCACUUCCCCAACCACUAUGAAUUGACAAGGAAGGACCUCAUGAUCAAGAACAUCAAACGCUACAGGAAGGAACUGGAAAAGGAGGGGAGUCCUCUGGCAGAGAAGGAUGAAAAUGGAAAAUACAUCUUUCUAGAUUUCGUCCCAGUGACGUUCAUGCUCCCCGCGGACUACAACCUUUUUGUGGAGGAGUUCCGGAAGAGUCCGUCCAGCACGUGGAUUAUGAAGCCAUGCGGCAAGGCACAGGGGAAAGGCAUCUUCCUCAUCAACAAACUCUCACAGAUUAAGAAGUGGUCUCGGGACAGCAGAACGUCAACGUUCAUGGCUGCAUCAAGUGGCAAAGAGGCCUAUGUCAUUUCCCUGUACAUUGAUAAUCCUCUAUUGAUUGGUGGAAAGAAGUUUGACCUGAGAUUGUACGUGCUGGUCACUACGUACAGGCCUCUCAAGUGUUACAUGUAUAAACUGGGAUUCUGCAGGUUCUGCACAGUGAAAUAUACUCCCAGCACUAGUGAGCUGGACAACAUGUUUGUGCACCUGACCAACGUGGCCAUUCAGAAACAUGGGGAUGAUUAUAAUCACGUACACGGGGGCAAGUGGACAGUGAGCAAUCUGCGUCUGUACUUGGAGAGCACCAGAGGGAAGGAGGUGACCAGCAGACUCUUUGACCAGAUCCACUGGAUCAUGGUGCAGUCUCUGAAGGCAGUGGCCCCUGUGAUGAACAAUGAUAAGCACUGCUUCGAAUGCUAUGGAUAUGACAUCAUAAUUGAUGACAAACUGAAACCAUGGCUUAUUGAGGUAAACGCCUCUCCUUCACUCACGUCCAGCACAGCCAAUGAUCGCAUCCUCAAGUACAACUUGAUCAACGACACACUCAACAUAGUCACCCCCAACUCUGAAAUUCCAGACUGCCGAUGGAACCGAAGCCCGCCCAAGGAGGCGCUGGGGAAUUACCAAGUCCUAUAUGAUGAGGAGCAGGCCUUGAGCGAAGGUGCGGACCGCGACCUCCGCAGCCGCUCGGGCCAGUCCCUGGGGUCAAAGGGCAGCCGGUCGAGCAGCGUGCGCCCCACCCCGGCCACCUGGAAGUGAAGUCACCGGUCGCCGACAUUGGGCAAGCACCACCUGGCUUUCUCAAGAGAGCGAAAAAGAGAGUGAAAAAGAGAGAGAGAUACAUGGAGCAGGAGGACUAAGGGACCACACAGACUCUGGCCAGGCCUGACUAUCGGACACCAUACACACACAUACACACAUACACACACAUACACACACCCUUCUGCACACAUAUCCACACAAAGUAAUUUGCACAGUAUGCAUGAAAUACAUGACCGAAUCAAAUAUACCGAAAGGAAGAUGUGCAUUGAUGGAUGGAUGGAUGGACGGACGGUAGUAUUUGGAAGAGGGAUAAGUGGAGAGUGACUUCUUGACCAAGUGAAUGAAUCGAAAGGAAAUGGAAAUCGAGCAAAGCUAUUAAUAAGGUCCCGUCAUGCAUGAAAGGAUACUGCCUCUAAGUGACAUGAGGGAACAAUCACCUGAUCUAGAAACAGACCUUUUACACUGUAGACCCAAUUUCAGUUCCUCUGCAGUAUAUGUACUGUAUGUCUUCUUUGAGUGUACCUUCCGUUGGGAAGUUGGCCAGAGCAUUUCUCAAAUGCACCUCUGUGUCCUGAUAGUGUUUAGUAUUCUUCAAUGUCUGUUGUCGACCACACAGUGCAUUAGAGAGAAAUAAAGUAUUUCUCUGUAACAGUGCAUUGUAGAGGAUCAGCAAGGAAAAUUGGCUCCUUAGCCAAACAUUCUUACAUAACUUCAUUUUUCUCAAUUCUAACUGAGCUCAUUGGUGGACCAAGGCUGCUGCUAUUAUUUUUGAUGUCGCUCCCUGGCUUGUGAAAUGUUUGUGCAAAGCAAUCUUCCUGACUUUUAAGUUUUAGUUAUCACAAGGUCAAGCCCUCAGGGGUUGACCUAAACAGGUUGUAUCACCGUUUCUAUGCCAACCCAGCACAUUUACAGCUUCUUUACAUGUCUCCAUAGUGAUGACCUUGAGCAGCAGUUCAGAAUUUGGCCAAGGGGGUCCUGUUUGUGGCAAGUGGGAUUAUAGAGCACUGCAAUUAAACAUUCUUUGGUGUGUGCCCCCAUACAGUAUACCCAGCUUAACUCUUUUCACACCUCAGCCACUAGUGUCCUGAUAGUUAUACUGUCAGAGUGUCAGAGAAAAGUUGGAUUUUUUAUGUUGGCCAAUAGAAUAACAACUUAGGCUAUUUUGUACUGACGGUGCUGACUUUGUGUAAUGAGUAUUUUUGUUAAUCAACGCAAAGACUACUACCGCAUGGUGUGUGGUUGGAGUUUCACGACAAGAAAGUUACUUCAAUGUUUUAAUUGCGUUUUAUGUGAAAUGCUAUCACAAUCCUUGCUUCCACUGUUGAAAUCAAAAUUGUAUGUAAAUACUGAAUUACAGAGACCUUUCAAAGGACUUUUUAAAAUUAUAUUUAAACAAUCGCAUAUUGCACAAGACUGUCAAGCAUGAAAAGAAAUUA